CUUAAGAACCUGUACAAGGAAAAUCCAAAUAAAAUCUGCAAAGCACCCAUUGAUAUUGAAGUCCAAACUACAUCUGGGUUAAGCAUGGAUUCAACAGGCGAUGUGGUUGCUGUAGCUGACACUACCAGUGGGUUCAUCUGUAGAAAUUCAGACCAGAACACGGGAAUGUGCUCUGAUUAUCGUGUACGUUUUAGAUGUCCAGUUGAUUACUGCCAGCAAAAAGAUUGCUGGACUCCUUGGUUUGAUCGAGACAACCCCUCUGGUACUGGAGACUAUGAGACUCUUAAGAACCUGUACAAGGAAAAUCCAAAUAAAAUCUGCAAAGCACCCAUUGAUAUUGAAGUCCAAACUACAUCUGGGUUAAGCAUGGAUUCAACAGGCGAUGUGGUUGCUGUAGCUGACACUACUAGUGGGUUCAUCUGUAGAAAUUCAGACCAGAACACGGGAAUGUGCUCUGAUUAUCGUGUACGUUUUAGAUGUCCAUAUGAUUACUGCCAGCGCAAAGGUUAGCUCAUCUGAUGGUUUUGAUCGUCGCCACAAAAGAUUUGCAUGACAACAAAGUACGCUUUAGAUGCCCAUGUGAAUGAAAUGUCAGCAAGCCAAGGUUUUGAAUGAACCUUUUAUAGCUCUUGAUUCACUAUAAAAGUAUAUCUUAGGUACUGUAUAUGGGUAAACUAAAUAUAUGAAAA